AUGUCUGAACCCGAUUUUUUGGAACGGUUGAUCCUGGAGAUUGAGAAGUUCCCUAGGAUAUAUAACAAAGGAUUGGAGGAAUACAAGGAUCCUGACAAAAAAGAUGACGCAUUGAAAAAGGUUGCUGAUAAGUUGUCUAUUGGAGUUCCUCUGGCAAAAUCGAAGUGGAAAAAUAUAAGGGACGCCAUGAGAAGAUACAAGAACGAUAUUCGUACAAAGAGUGGGCAAGGAAGAAAAAAAGUAAAGGAAUACAAGUACGCAAAAAUGCUGGGAUUUCUGGAACCGUUUUUGGAGGAUCGAAGGUCAUCGGGUAAUCUUCAGGCUACUCAAGAAGAGGGCCAUGAUGAAAAGUAG